AUGCCUGAGAUCAAGAAGGAAGCCAUCCAAGCUUCUCUUCAAGAUCUCUGGGUCCUGUACACCGACGGCGCAUCCAAUGCUUCUGGAUCUGGACUGGGACUCGUGCUCGAGGUCCCUACCGUCGAAGUAAUUCGCCAAUCCAUAAGAUGCUCAGGUAUGACUAACAACGAGGUCGAUUAUGAGGCCGUAAUUGCAGGAUUGAGACUAGCACUCAAAUAUGGGGCGAAGCGGUUGAAACUCCAUGGUGAUUCACAACUCGUAGUCAACCAAGUCGCAGGAACUUUCCAAAUCAAAGAACAAAGGUUGAAAGAAGAUCAAACUGAGAUCUGUAAGUUGCUGCCCAAUUUUGGCGAAUGCCAGCUCGACCAGAUCCCGCGAGCCCAGAAUGUCAAAGCACACGGCCUGGCCAAACUGACCGCACCCACCAAAAGCAUCACAACUGGGAUAAAAAUGUAUUCUACCUCCUCAACUCGUUAG